CCCCACUUGUUCGUCGACCUGGACAGCGACGACGACGAAAGCUCCUCGACGAUCUCAUCUUGAACUCUCACCAUGUCGAGCAGAGCUGGCGGCUUGUACAGCGGCAUUCAAUUCUCUUCUUCAAAAGCUUUUGCUUCAUCGCCAGAGACUUCUACUCCAUUUCCACCUUCUCCUGCUCAAGUUGUUAUAGCCAAAGAACCUAUACCUUCCAAUGUACAACCCGUGGAAUCAACUUCAAGUGCUAAUAUACCCUCAACAAGCAAUGCUGAUGCUAGCUUGUUAUUCACAAACUAUCGUCCAUGCUAUUCCUGCCAUGCCAAAUUAAUUGGCUUCAAUGCACCAGGAUGGUCCGCUGCGCUCGCGUUUGCGCCUAUUCGUAGAAACCCCCCACCAAGGGCAAAACCCGCCGUUGCACGUCUUCCUGUUGGUGCUUCUGUCACCGGUCUUGCGACAACUGCGCAAGGUUCAAGUUCAAACGCUGCUCGGCCUUCAGUACCCAGCGCCGCGACAAUGUCAAGUACUGCGGUCAUUUUUGCGCCACCUUCACUAGUCAACGUUGACAAGCCGGCUACGAGCGCUCCUGAACAGCAGUCACAGACUCAGGCAUGGGGGAAGAAAGUCAAACCGCCUUCCAUGAUUCUGGACGACGACAUAAACGGAUUCAAGGCCAAACGGGGAGGUAAGAAGGGCGGGAAAGGCAAAGGACGUAAGAAUAAGUUUGCACAGGCCCUCCCUUCAUGGGACCCGAAUGAGCAAUACGAUCCGAUGCGGCCUAACGACUACAAUGAGUACAAGAUCUGGAAGCGUAAAGAUCGAGAGGAGCGCCGUGAGCGUUUCAUUGCUGAAAGGCGACGGGCUGAAGAGCGUAAAAGGUACAGAAGCAGCAGUUAUUCCGACAGCGAAAAUACAGGCUCCGAAGAUGAGCGACCUCGCAAGGCCGGUCGAUAUGACGAAGACCGGGAAGAAGACUGGGAUCGUCCUGUCGGUUCGGGUGCGGCGUCCAUCCCUCCGCCAGCUCCAGUCAGUGUCAGCAUGACUGGAGAUGAAGCCUAUGAGCGUCGUCUCGCUCUGUCCAAGGGUUUUCAAUCCGCAGCACCAGCGCCGCCUUCGUCUCAAGUCGUACCAAUCGCCUGGCGCGAGCCAUUGGCAUCUGUCCAACACGAUGAAGACAGUAUUCCAGGGCUGUCAGUUACGCCUCCUGUCCAGCCAACACCGCCUCCGUUGGCUCCUCCCGUUACGGAGACCGGAGAGGAAGCUUACCUGCGACGACUCGCUUUGUCCCAAGCUCGACAACAACCCCCCGUCGCGUCCGUUUCUCCUCUUCCAGUGGUGCCACCAUUUGAAGCUCCUGCAUUGUCGUACAACCCCUUUGCGCCUCCCUCUGUACCCCCACCACCGUCCACUAUCCCUCCAGGUUUAAAUGAAGACAAGAUUCGCAGCAGUAGAGAAGCUGCUGCUGCAAUCGCUGCGAAGUUGAAGGCUCUUGCGCCUCCGGCUGGCUCUGAUGCAUCAGGUUCAGGUUCUGCCACUCCGCCUGUUCAAGAAGAGUCUGCACCUUCUAAAAAACCUGACCCUCAUGGAUUCGCUGCGCGGCUCAUGGCGAAGUGGGGUCAUAAGGAAGGCCAAGGGCUUGGCGCAGACGGAAGUGGUAUCGUUCAUGCCCUCACGAUGGAGCAAGUCGCUGGAGGCAAGAGUAAAAAUGAGGGCAAGAAGGAUAAGGGUGUCGCCAAGAUGGGUAGGAUCGUGAAUAAGAACGAAGACGCUAAGGCUAGAGAGGACCGGGAGCGUUUCGGAGAGCCGAGCAGGGUUGUUGUCCUUACCAAUAUGGUUGGUCCUGAGGAUGCCGAUGAUGACGAUCUGAGAGGAGAUGUUGGCGACGAAUGCUCCAAGAACGGGACUGUUGAGCGGGUGAUUAUACACCUUGUCAACCCACCUCCUGCGGACGACGUGGACGCUGUACGUAUUUUCGUGCAGUUCGCUGGGCCUGUGGGGGCCUGGAAGACUGUCAGAGAGCUGGAUGGUCGAUUCUUUGGUGGGAGGAGUGUGCGAGCACGAUAUUAUCCUGAGGCCAUGUUUGCUGCGGCUGACCUUGACGCUCCGUUGUAAUCUCUCUUGUAUACUUUCCUUGUUUUGAUCUUGUCUAUUGUAUUUCGCUCUGCUUGAAAUGACUAUCGCCAUCCGUAUUUCUGAAAAACUGUGUGAUUUCCUUCUACUCUGUACAGGAGUUGUGGACGACAAAAGAUGGGUGCAACGGUAAGGGA